GUCGAUUUGAAUCUGGAUCUCCGCUGACCCCAUGAGAAAUCACUCUCCAGUUCUGCAAGAUUCUGAUGUGUCUUUGGAAUUAUCAACUCUUGUCUCCCAGCGGUGGAAGAAGGAAGACGGAGGGCGCGGCCCAAAGCCGAGACAAGGAUAUUUGUCAAUCGGGCGUGAACAUCCCGAGCGAGGCGACCUAGACCUCGGGACCCUCUGCGACAGCCUGGCACCGCAAGGCUCCAUUUACCUGCCUCUCUGGAGUUUGCACCCAGCACCCCAGCUCCUAGCCUGAUCCCUCAACCCCGCAACGCCCCUCGCAACCCUGAGCCUCGCGCAGGUGGCGCAAACACCCCUGCCCUCCGGCGCCCCCUGCCGGGGUGAGGGAAGGCGCCGGUGGCGGCCGCGGAGGAGCCGGGCGCAGGGCCGGGAGAGACCUCGAGCGCCGGGAAGAAGCCGGGAGCUUCCCUGAUGCCGCCGCCUCCUCCGAGCCGGAGAGGAGCAGCGAGGAGGCAGUUGGGCAGGAGCCUGGGUCCGCUGCUGCUGCUUCUGGCGCUGGGACACACGUGGUCCUACCGAGAGGAGCCCGAAGACGGCGACAGAGAAAUUUGCUCAGAAAACAAGAUAGCGACGACCAAGUACCCGUGCCUGAAACCUUCGGGCGAGCUCACCACGUGUUUCAGGAAAAAGUGCUGCAAAGGGUAUAAAUUUGUUCUUGGACAAUGUAUACCAGAAGAUUAUGAUGUUUGCGCCGAGGCCCCCUGCGAACAGCAGUGCACAGACAACUUCGGCCGAGUGCUGUGUACUUGUUAUCCCGGGUACCGGUACGACCGGGAGAGACACCGGAAGCGGGAGAAGCCGUACUGCCUUGAUGUCGAUGAGUGUGCGACCAGCAACAAGACACUGUGUGCACACAUCUGCGUCAACACCCUGGGCAGCUACCGCUGUGAGUGCCGGGAGGGCUUCAUCCGCGAGGACGACGGGAGGACGUGCACCAAGGGCGACAAGUAUCCCAAUGACACCGGGCAAGAGGCGAAGUCUGAGAAUUCGGUGAAAGCUGGAACCUGCUGUGCCACAUGCAAGGAGUUUCACCAGAUGAAGCAGACGGUGCUACAGCUGAAGCAGAAGAUUGCCCUGUUCCCCAACAGUGCUGCCGACCUGGGCAAGUACAUCACGGGUGACAAGGUGCUGGCGUCCAAUGCCUACCUGGCAGGACCUCCUGGCCUGCCAGGGGGCCAGGGCCCUCCGGGCUCACCUGGACCCAAGGGGAGCCCAGGCUUCCCUGGAAUGCCAGGCCCUCCCGGACAGCCUGGCCCACGGGGCUCAAUGGGACCCAUGGGACCAUCUCCUGAUCUGUCCCACAUUAAGCAAGGCCGGAGGGGCCCUGUGGGUCCACCAGGUGCACCAGGAAGAGAUGGUUCCAAGGGGCAGAGAGGAGCACCCGGGCCCAGAGGGUCUCCAGGUCCUCCUGGUUCUUUCGACUUCCUGCUACUGAUGCUGGCUGACAUCCGUAACGACAUCGUCGAUCUGCAGGAAAAGGUGUUCGGUCGCAGGACUCACUCUUCAGCAGAGGAAUUCCCUUCACCUCAGGAAUUUUCCAGCUAUCCAGAAACCAUGGAGUUCGGCUCUGGAGAUGACUACCCAAAAAGUACUGAGACAAGAGACUUGGUGGGAGCACCCAGAAACUUUUAUCCUUAGUGCAUCCCAACAUCUUCAUGCCAAAGGAAGAAUAAACAAGGAGAGUUCUCACCUGCAGUUAAUCAUCUAAAGAAGGAAAAAAAACACUGGGACACAGAAAAGAUAUAUUUUUAUUUUCCUUUUUCCUGUCUUCAACCUACUUCUCUUCAUCCAAAUACUUUUUUCAGAGUUGCCCACUAGAGGCUUAAGGGAGUAAAUGAGAUUUAUAUGCGUCCCAUGGAAAGCCAGUUUGGGUGGUUGACAUUGACACUUUUCCUUUCCUUCCCACUUUUUCAGGAACUUCUGGAGUUCUGAAUUAAAUACUCUCAUACUGUCUUAAAACUUGGCAGAAUAUAAAAAAGGGACAAAUGGCAAGAUGAGCACGAAGAAAAUAUGAGGCUACUUAAGAAAAAUAGGUGUGUCCAAAUUAGACUAUUACUCCUCAAAAUUAGGCCUUUUGGAUUGAAAGUCAAGGGGAGAGGAGGAUGGGCCAACUGUGAAUAUUCACCUGGGUGGAUAAUUUUUUUCCUGUGCCCAUCUAAUAGAUUUUCAGUAUUCCAUCCCAUCAUCUAACUGUGUUUCCCAAUUUGGUUAAGAAAAGGAGGGAAUUAAGAGGGAGUGGAGAUUAGGAAAGAUGGAAAAAUCUCUGGUCAUUUAGUUACUGUCAUAUAGGUUGCCACAUUUAAAAAUUCAAAUAUGACUAUUAAGGGUUCAUGCCACAUUCACCCAUAAGUAUCCUAUGUGGAGAAGAAAGUUACUCUAGCUGUAGGAAUAAAUCCUCUUUUUAAAACACAGUAAGUGAAAGGAAUACCUGAUUCCCGUUAGACAAUAGGUUCCCAAUUUGCCAGGACACUUCAAAUGUGCAGUGAGGCUCAAGGUUGGAAGGACGUGGCAUGGCAUAGGUAGUGGGCAGUGAGGUGAUACAUCCUCCCCUCCCCCUGAAGCCAGGUGGGCAGAGACAGGUCAGUUUGCUGUCCUUGGGCAUCAGAAGCUCUUGUCUCGGGCUGGCCAAGUUUGCAACUGUUAUUGAGAAGUAUUACCAUAGAAAGUUCUCUAGGGUGGGGAGAAAAAACAACCCAUUUCUCCUUGUAAGGCAGAUAUUUCCUUCUCUUCUAUUCCCAUUUUUCCUUGAUUUCCUGAGUUUAGUCCAAGUUUCAGUUCUUUCAGGCCUUUUGCUUGCUCUCCUUCCUCAGUAAAUGUGGAAAGCGGUUCAGAAAGAGUCAUUUUUCCAAACCUCCAUUAAAGUCAGAGCGUUUUCUCAGAGCGUUUCGGUAUCCCCAGGGGAAGGACACUCCUGAAAUGGCUCCUUCUGGACUCAGAGACACGAGCAGGAGUACUCAAGAGACCAGCUGGAGGAUCUGCUCCUUUGUAAUGCCGUUGGGGGACCUCUUGGUGUAAUGGGCAGCUUACAGGUUUCUUGAACUCCACUUUGUCAUUCCACACACAGAAUGGCUUUUUACCCACCUACUCAGGAGAGCUUCUCCCUUAUUUUGAGCCUCACACAGGAUCAUUCUCUUAACUCAUGUUUGCUCAUGUUGGGGAUCCCAUUUCCCAUCCUGUAAUUUACAGGGUUGAGAAAUUUCUUGGUUUUCUUUUUCGAUCUUUUAGCCUACAUCAUCUCACUCUUCUAUCGUGAAAGCUCAUUUAAAGAACACCCCUGUUUUUGUCUUUGCCAUUUUUCAUCGUGUCUCUUAAGAAUGAGAGGAAGGGCCUCUGUUGGCAAAUCUCAAGUGGCAGUGACCAUCUUCCCUCUUUCCCGUGUUAGAAUUAUGGGACCCCAGUCAGUCAGCCGAUGGCUGUCUUUCUUGGACACUUCACUGUGCCUUGUUAACGCAAAAUCCCCAGGGACCCUCCACCAACAUUUUAGAGGCAAAAGAAAAUACAUCCUCAAUGCUCCUUUUCCAGCGCCUUUCUUUCCCCCUGCAGUCUUUCCAGAAUCUGACCUUCACAACAGUAGGCCUCACCAACCGCGUUGGCAAAGAGAUGAGCGGAACAGCUGUUGAUUCCCAUCUGGAAUGUAUUUAAUGUUUGCCUGCUUGGGGAGCACAGUAUUUAAAGGAUGUGGAUGGAUGAAUGCCGAAGAAAACUAUGCACAGGCAUUAUGCAUAGAGCCUUUCUAACUUUGAUUUUUUAAUGAAGAAUUUUAUUACCUUUUCUUUCUCUUACCAAUGAACUGUGUUUAGAAAUACAGAAUAUUCUUCUUUAUUGUAAAGAACUCAUAAAAUAGAACCAAACUGCAUGUUUGGCCAUAGGCUAGGAUAAUAUAUUAAAAGAAUGAACUGAAGGUAGUUAUAUUUGGGAUUCAUCAGGCUAUUCUUGACAAUAUUUUCCAGUAAACCCAAAAUAGCCUGUAUUUUAUAACUUCAAUCUGCAAGACCAGGUCAAUUCAUAAAAUAAUUAUUAAUCCUCAGACUUUCAAAACAUGGACUACUACCACAGGAUUAAAAAUGUACCCUGUAUGCCCAAAUUAUAUUUUUCAAAGACACAAUAAAGAAUUAUUUUUCCUAAUGUA